AUGCGCAUCACCGACAGUCUCAAAAAUCGGCUGGGCAAAGCUGGCGAGCUCAGCCAUGACCCCUCCAAUGCCGAUGUCAACAUGGCGGACGUCGACCGUCACGAAAUCACAGAACAGCCCAAGGGCGACGUAGAAACAAGCUCCGUGCAGAAACCUCAGGAAGAGGCUCCGGCCGAAGAUGCACAAGCUGGUGUUCAGGCCAUGGAAGCCACCUCUAUGGUGUGGACCAAGAGAUCUUUGAUUGCUGUCUUCAUAUGUAUAUGGACAGUAUAUUUGUUGAAUGCCUUUCAGAGUUCUACUAUUGGCAACUUCGCACCUUAUGUCACCAGCGAUUGGGACUCGCACUCGCUGCUCACCGUCAUUGGCGUUGUCUCGAGUUCAAUGACCGCAGCUGUCUUCAUCCCCUUGGCCAAAGCCCUCGAUGUCUGGGGUCGUGCCGAGGGCUACCUCACCAUGGUCGUCUUCUGCGAGCUCGGCUUGAUCCUCAUGGCUGUGAGCCACAACCUGGCCACCUACUGCGCGGCCAACGUCUUUUACAGCGUUGGUUUCACAGGCCUCAUCUACAGCAUCGACGUGGUCACUGCCGACGCGACCGCGCUGAAGAACCGAGCACUCGCAUAUGCCUUCACGUCGUCCCCUUAUAUGAUCUCGGCAUUUGCUGGGUCGUAUGCUUCUGACAAAAUGCUUGCCGACAUUGGCUGGUCGUGGGGAUACGCCACUUACGCCUUCAUUACCCCCGUCAUCUGCGCUCCUCUGUACUUUCUGCUGCGAUACAAUCUCAACAAGGCCAAGAGACAGGGCCUACUGAAGGAAAGAGCGGCGAGUGGCCGAACUCUGGCGCAGUCUGUGUGGUACUACACCCUUGAAUUCGACGUCCUUGGAAUCUUUCUCUUUGCUUCUGGUCUGGUCAUAUUCCUCCUCCCGUUCAACAUUGCGACAACUGCCCCCGACGGCUGGGCUACAGGCUACAUCAUUGCCAUGAUCAUCCUGGGAUUUUUCUUGCUGGUAGCGUUUGGUUUGUACGAGGUUUUCUUCUCACCAGUCCCUUUUAUGAAGUUUAAAUUCUUAUCCGACCGAACUCUGAUGGGAGCGUGUGUUUUACAACUCGCCUACCAGAUCUCCUAUUACUGCUGGGCCAGCUACUUCACCUCGUUUCUCCAGGUGGUCAAUUACCUCACUGUGGCAGAGGCAGGUUAUGUCAACAACACUUUCAAUGUCGUCUCCGGCUUUCUUCUCUUCGGCGUGGGCUUUGGAAUUCGCAAGACCGGAUACUUCAAGUGGCUUCUGUGGAUCGCGGUUCCUAUGUACAUCUUGGCCCAGGGUCUGAUGAUAUACUUCCGAAACCCCGAUCCGUACGUCGGAUACCUUGUCAUGACGCAGGUCUUCAUUUCUGUCGGUGGAGCCGUUUUUAUCAUCUGCUGCCAACUGGCCGUUCUGGCUGCGGUGGAUCAUCAGCACGUCGCCGCAGCGCUCGCCAUGCUCAACGUGACAGGGACCACGGGUGGCUCGAUCGGCUACACCAUCUCCGGGACCAUCUGGACCAACACGUUCGAAAAGGCGCUGAAGAUGUACCUGCCCGCGGAUGCUCUCCCGGAUCUGGACACCAUCUACGGCGACUUUGACACCCAACUUAGCUACCCCAGGGGCAGUCCCACCCGUCACGGAAUUCAAAGGGCUUAUGCGUAUGCUCAGACCCGCAUGCUCGCCGCUGGGACUGGUUUCAUGGUUUUAGCAUUCGUUGGAGUGUUCAUGAUGAGGAACAUCAAUGUCAGCAAGAUCAAGCAGACAAAGGGUAAUGUCUUCUGA